AUGUGGAUUCUCGACUGGUGUAAGUUAACUACCCUCCCUCGUUAUGUCCCGAACUGGAUGGACCACUCUCUCAUAGCACUGCUGUCGCCUUCCGAGGUCAACGCCUACAACAUCGCGCAAGGAAAUAUCAAGGCCAGGCUUAUCACAUGCGCAUCGACACUAUACCAUCGCAUAUUCUGGGAUGUUCUGUCCUCGCUUGGACUCAUGAACAAGCAUGCCAAACUCCUCUUUCUCGGACUUGACAAUGCAGGAAAGACCACGCUUCUGCACAUGCUCAAGAACGACAGGGUCGCUGUCCUUCAGCCGACUCUGCACCCCACUUCCGAAGAGCUCUCAAUAGGAAACGUCAAGUUCACAACCUUCGAUCUCGGAGGUCACGCACAAGCCCGCCGACUAUGGCGCGAUUACUUCCCCGAAGUUUCCGGCAUCGUCUUCCUUGUUGACGCCAAAGACCACGAGCGUCUCUCCGAGUCAAAAGCCGAGCUCGAUGCUCUUCUCGCCAUGGAGGAGCUGAAGAACACUCCUUUCGUCGUUCUUGGAAACAAGAUCGACCACCCCGACGCCAUCUCCGAGGACCAGCUCCGUUCCGCGCUUGGUCUAUACCAGACAACCGGUAAGGGCAAGGUACCGCUCGAGGGUAUCCGCCCGGUUGAGGUCUUCAUGUGCAGUGUGGUCAUGAGGCAGGGAUACGGAGAGGGUAUCAGAUGGUUGAGCCAGUACGUCUAG